AUAGUUAUGAAUAGGUUACUUUAUUUAGAAGUAGAAUGUUAAGGAGAUGAAGAAUGGAGAAGCGUGGGAAAACAGAAGAGCAAGCGAUUGAGUUAGGUGGCAAUGAAGGAGGAAGAAAAGAGAGUGAUCAGAGACUGUCGAGUGGUGAAAUGGAGUCUCUGGUCGCCAUUUGUGAUACUCUGUUGCCAUCCAUCAACCACGACAGCCUUGGAGAUGUCGAUCAAGCCACCACCACCUUUUAUCAUUCGUCGGCUUCCAUGGCCGGAACGCCAGAACUUGUGGGAGAGAUAAUAAGUGAGAAAUUGAAGCACCCGAAGAAGUGGCUAAUGAGAGUUGCUCUAUGGCUGCUUUCUACAUGGAUCGGGAGCUUCAUAUUAUGCGGGAGGAGAAGCCUGUCAAUGGAGUUUCCCUUCUUCCAUAAAUUCUCAGAAUUGUGUUACAACCAGAGAGAGGAAAUAUUACUUUCAUGGUCUUUCAGCUACUUCUAUCUCCUUAGAACUCUCUUCAAAUCCAUCAAGCUUCUCACUCUACUCGUCUUCUUUACUCAGGUAUCAAUGCUUAGCAUCCAUUAACUCUUUUUAUUUUUUAUUUACAUAUAUAUAUAUAUAUACACACACACACACACACAGUUUUUAAUAUUUAUAUAUAUGAUACAUUGAACGCAAGGUUAUCAUCAUAAUAUCUGCCUAAACUAAAAAGUCUAAAAAGGUGAUAUUCUCUCAUGUACUUGCCUGACAAUUUUAUUAUCACCCUUUUAAUUAAUUAUAAAAAAAAUUAAACUAUUAAAUUAGUCCCGUGCUAUAUAACUUUAAAUAUUUAAAUUAGUUAUUGUAUUUCUUUUUCACUUUUGGUCGUUAUAAGUUUUUAAGUUUAGUGACCCCAUUAAUUUAUAUUA